GGAAAUCGGAAUCGCCUCCCGUUUCUCUGCAGCGCUUAUUGAGGGUGGAUGGUUGGAGGAGGAGGAAUGGCCGUGCAGACCGCCUGCUACAGUCCCGCGCGGAUGCUGCUGCUGGGCAGCUCGCUGGCCUUUGAGGAGGUCCGCUUGGAGCUCCUGGCCGAGUUGGGCUCAUUGCCCUCCGACUCUGGACCUAAACGACCCGGCGAACUGGGCCCGCUGGCCUCGGAUGGUGGCGUGAAGCGACCAAGCCAGCCGUCUGGCCGGCGGAGGGAGGUGGGCACUCUGCCGCUCGUGAAAUCGACGCUGAAAUCGCCGGUGGAGAACUACGUGAGGACGCCUCCCGCGCUGUCCCCAUGGGGUGUGUACGCUGGGCUGGAGAAGCCGGCUUACACGUGGACCCUGCAGGAGGUGUGCCGGUGGCUCAAGCGCAACUGCCCCCACCAUUACCCCAGCCUCCUGGAGCUGUUCUCCCAACACGACAUCACCGGCCGAGCGUUGUUGCGGCUCAACGAAGGGAAGCUGGCGCGCAUGGGCGUGCAUCGGGAGAGCCAGCGUCAGGAGCUGCUGCAGCAGCUGCUUCAGCUGCGUCUGCGUGAGGAAGCACAGCAGCUAUCGCUGCUCAGCCGAGGUGAGCGAGGGAGAAAAUGUUUCGGCCGAGACCCGAGUAGAACUGGCUCUGUCCGAUCUUUUAAGUAAUCGAUUGCCGACAAUCUGUUCGAUUGCUCGACUUAGUCGGACAACACACAAAAAAAAACGUUGGUAGGAAAAAUAAAAUUCUCACCUCUGUUUUACACGCGUGACGGUGGUCGGGAAGUGAUGGGGCGGGGCUUUGUGACGUCAUUGGGAUUAUCAGCGGUGUCACACCAGCCAUGCCUGUGAUACCAUACAAAGAAUGUUUGUCGCAUUGCCAUCAAACCCACUUUUUAUUUUAUUUUAUGUUUAUCUCAGAGCUGGAAUAAGUCAAAUUCAAUGAAAAAUCCUAUUUAACGUGUUUUUCUGUUUUCUUCAGUAAUGAGUAACGAGGCUAAGACCGCCAGUUCAGGACACUCGACAUUGCAGUUUAAUCACAGGUGGCUACCUGGUUGAAUACUCUGACCUUUGAGCCAGCCGGACAAUUUGAAAGCCAUUUUUUUCAUAGAUAACAUACAUUUUUAAUGAUAUCACCAGGGACCUCGAGAAAUGUCACCAAAUGAUUGUUCAACUAAGGAACAUUUCAGUAAGGAUUAAUUAUUUGCCUGUCUGCCUGUGCUGCAUUACAGGAUGGGGAGAGAGUUUGUAACUGGAAUAUGGAAUUUUGGGCUGUGCCAGUGCUGAAUCAUUGGAAGAGGGAGAAUUGGAAGAAAGAAAGCCUGGCACAGAUCAUCGAGAAAGUAGGGAAUGGAGAUUCCGCUCACAUUGACGUAAUCUUGUGUCGUCACAUGUGCCAUUUUUCACCGUUACGUAAUGACCAUAUACUUGUAUUUUAUUAGGGCUGCAACUCACGGCUGAUUGUGUCACACACUCUGAACCUCCGUUGUGAUUGACAUUGAGUCACGAAUUCAUUGCUUGCGGUUAUGUUUAUAUCUCUGAAGCCCUGAAUGAACACGGUGUGCUUACGUACCAUUUGGAGGAUUACUCCAAGUUGGUGGAAUUGGCGGCCACUUCCAAAAUGCAAAAAUUGGCACCCAAAUGAGGCGGUUUCUUUAUUGGAUGGCUCACCAUGGCUGAAGUUUUUAAAUUGUUUUUUUUUUAUCGUAAAUUUUAUUAGCAAAUUCUGAAAUCCAAAUGGAUGAAUCUUAUAUAAUGAUUAAAACUGAGGGCUCAUCAGCAGUUGUUGCAGCUCUAUUGUUUUUUUAUCUAGCAGUGUGUGUGUGUGUGAAUGUGUUUACGUGUGUGUAUAUAUAUUCAUGUGUACAGUAUUUAUUUGUGCAUAUUUUAUGUGUGCUGUAUAUCUUCACAUAUCAUAACCUGGCCUGGGCCUCUCCUAUGUAUUUUCGGCUAAAAAAUAGUACCUGGUGUGGUGGUGCUGCUGGUAAUGGUGGUAUGGUCAGGAGCACGUGGUGCUGGCAACACCACCAGCUGUUCUGCCGUGCUGGCCUUAAUAGGCACUUACUAACAGCACUUGCCCCAACAGGGUAACCAGGCUCACAUAGGUCUGUAUUUGUGUUUGUAACUAAUUGGUGUUUGCACUUUAAUUGUAAAUGGUGGCGUUAUUUAUGUUGGUGGAACAAUAGUGCACUUUCGUAAGGACUAAAUCUUGAAGCAACCUAUUGUAGCAUCACCUUGAAUUUUGUUCUCAUCACGGGUAUUUCCCAGAUUAUAAGAUGAUCCGAAAAGUACGACGCGCCACAAACUUUGUGCCCGGUGUGAAUAGAGUUACACAAAUCUGGUCACGCGCACACACACGCGCACACACACGCGCACCGGACUACAAAACGCACCCCCGACUUUUAAUUUAUAAAAUACCGAGAGAUAAAGGCGCAUGCAGGGAAGAAUGGUGCAACUUAGAACCUGGGGAAUAUGGUAUAUUUAUUCCCCUUCCAUCCAAUAUAUUUUCCUUUUCCCCCCACAUAAUUUAUUUUAUUAUCUGAUGCAGGAAUUUAUGUUGAGUAUAUUUUUACUAUAUAUAACUUUAAGUGUACACCGAGUAACUGUGUUCACCUGUGUAAGUUGUGACCCCCCCCACCGUGCUCUCCCGGUAGCUCCGUUGACUGAGGAGGUUUCGUAGAGUAGUCAGUAGUGCAUGUCUGUGUUAAACUCACAGUGCCCGUGACAACGUUUCUGUGACUGCAGUAGCCAGCAGAGCAGGGCUUGCACAUACAUAGAGGCAGCAUUGAUGAGAAAUCGAUGUUCCUAUUUCAAAGGACUGGUAGAUAGGUGUUCUCGCAGAGGUAAGAAAGGCGGUCUUAGGCACUGCUGUCCCUAACUCAAACCCCUAAUCCCUAAACCUAGCCCUUACCUCUGGCCCUUAACCCUCACCUUUCCUACAGAUAUGGAUUAAGUUGAGCAGUCUAAACCCUUUACCAUAAACCAUAUCCUAACCCAUAACCUAAACCGUAAUAAUAACCUAUAAUCUUAAAACUUGAAGCCGAACUCCAAACUAUAACCCCCCCCCCCUAAUCCUCUAAUCCUAUCCCAACACAAAAACUAAAGGACUAUCACUCCUUUAUAUUUCAUCAACUGAAAGCUAAGGAAGUGAACAUUGGAAAGGACCUGAAAUAGAUAAGCACAACCGCUAGAAGUUAUGGGAUUGCAUUAAAUUCUGGUCUAUAAUUUGAAUAAAAAUGUGAGGACAGUAGCGUUAGAGACUUGUUUUUUUUGCCAUAUAUGUGGGCACAGUAGUCUGUACGAAAAUGGAUGGCUUGUUAACAUUUACUGACAAUAAUAAUAACAAUGAGGUAUGUCAUGAUGCAUCGAUUCAUAGACUGACAUCCAUUUUGACGCUCAUAAUACAUGUAUCAAAUCGUACGUGAAAUAAACUCUUAUUUAUAAAGUAUGCAAAUUAUGUGCAGAUGUUAAUGGUGCAGACAACACUGUACAAAUAAUACAAAAAUGGUAUAAACUGUAUAAAUGAGACGUUAAAGACGAGACAAAAAUGAUUCAAGUAUUCAAUUGAUGUGUGACCCCAAAUUGUGACGAUUCCUCAAAUGGCGAGGAGGUUGAAUUAUUACAUGCCUAAUAAUAACACAAUUGGGUUUAAAGUCAAUUACGUUACAUAAUGAUUGGUUAAGCCCCACGUCAGGAAAUUGAGCCCAGCACCUAUUCAAGGGUGUGGAAUAUAUGGCCCAUGGGCUUCCGAAUACAGCCCACAAAUUCACCCCAUUCGGCCUGUGGCCACACGAAGCCCACCACUUCAAAAUGGCCCAAAAAUUAUAUUUAUCUGUCACUGAUAGCAUCCUAGCCGCACUAAUUGGGUCCUAGAGGGUGAAUAACUUCGACUUGGCAACAACACAGUGUUUUGUUAUCUUAACGCACUCGGUCACAUCUGUCAGGGCAAGGACCUCUUGCCAUGACAAACGUGACAGGCGUGCGUUCAUGUGGUAUGUGGUAUUUGAAAGUCCUAGAAAGGUAUUUGAAAGUCAUCUUUGGCCUUCAGGAAGGAAAAGGUUACCCCCACCCCUCUCUUGCUUGCUGAGCACUGGGUUUAAGCCCAAGGGCUGUUGUCCACGGCAGGACACUGACCCAGCACCUCUUGGGUCUAUUCGUGUCUUUACACUCGGGAUGAAAGUUAAAAAGUCAAGGCAUAUGUAAUAUGCUUCAUGUUCUCAUCCCAGUCACCAAUUUCGAUGUGAUUGGUAAAAAAAAAAGACGAAAAAUACGUUCAAAUAAUGAGUCGGUGAAUUAAUGAAUACGUGAAUGUUGGAACCCAAUGCGGAAACAAAACUUUUGCAGAGAGAACAAAACUUUCGUGCCAAACCCACGUGCAGUUCUUAGACUUUACUUUGCGUGACUCUUCUCUGGAAAAAGUAAAAAAAAAAAUGUCGUUCAUCGAGUCUGGAUAUCCUCACAUUGUGCUGGUGACGAUUUGCCGUGGAUCCGUAUUUUAUUUAAUAAAGUGUUGAGAU